GAAAAGCCUCUUAAAAAAUAUAUUGAUAUACUCGAUUAUGAUAUUUUCAAAAAUCGUAAACUGGAAGUAAAAUCGAUGAAAACUUUUAUUGCUAAAAGUCUCAAAAUACAUGUAGAAUUCUUGAAAGCAGAAUCGAGAGGAGAAGAUCCCAAUUAUAACUCUAUGGUUUUAAAUCAUAUUAAAGAGCUAGAUUAUAUUACUAUUGAUUUCAAGUUUCUGGCUGCAAGUUAUCUUCAAUAUGCUAAUUAA